ACUUUAGCUGACACUUCUACCAUUACUUGACAUCGUAUCCAAAAGUCACAUUCUAUCGGGAAAAAAGGUGGAAAAAUUGUAUUUACUAUGGCUGCAAGCACCAAGUUAUCCUUUUUUGUACGAACACUCAGCUCGGCUGCCCCAGCUGGAAAGCCUGUAAAGCCACCAAUUCAAUUAUUCGGUCUGGAAGGCAGAUAUGCAACGGCUCUAUACUCUGCCGCAACUAAGUUGAAGCAAAUCGAGAAGGUGGAAUCCGAACUGUCGCACCUACAAGCUGAGAUGCGUAAAAAUGUAAACUUGCGAGAAGCGAUGACCAGUCCAAUCAUCAAUCGCAAAGUGCUGGCGAAUAGUUUGAAGGAUGCAAGUGCAAAAAUCAAUUAUUCAUCAGCAACCAGCAAUUUAUUGUCAUUGUUGGCUGAGAAUGGUCGUAUGAAGAAAUUAGACGGUGUCAUUGCGGCUUUCAAAACUAUUAUGGCUGCACAUCGUGGCGAAGUUGUGUGCGAAGUGACCACAGCCAAACCAUUGGAAGCCGGCCAGAAAAAGAGCUUGGAAGAUGCGCUCAAGAAAUUCAUCAAAUCGAACGAGACGAUUCUGUUGACAUCUAAGGUUGAUCCAUCCAUCAUCGGUGGAAUGGUUGUGUCGAUUGCCGAUAAGUAUGUUGAUAUGAGCAUCGCCACCAAGGUCAAGAAGUACACAGACCUGAUUGGAGCUACUGCUUAGAUUUCAACAUUUAAUGCUAAUUCGAGUUAAAAUUCAAUCCGAACGCUGUAGUAGAUUGCGGAUUAGGAAACAAUUUCCAAAAUAAAUGAAAUUACAACUAACGA